ACACACACACACACAGAGUACAUAUUUUUGAUGUUAUCUCAAAUUCUCUGAACCUUUGUUCAUUUUUCUCCAUUCUUUUUUCCUUUCUAUCCCUUAGACUGUAUAAUAUCAAUUUACUUAUCUUUAAUUCACAGGUUCUGUCUUCUGCUUGCUCAGAUCUGCUUUUGAGCCCCUCUAGUAAAUUUUUCAUUUCAGUUAUUGUGCUACUUAACUCCAGAAUUUAUAUUUGGUUCUUUAAAAAAUACAUAAUUUCGAUCUCCUUAUUGAUAUUCGUUACCUGAUAAGAUUAUUCUCAUACCUUUUUCUAGUUCUUUGGAUAUGGUUUUCUUUAGUUCUUUGAAUGUAUAUAGAAUAAAUGAUUUAAAGUUUUCAUCUUAUAAGUUCAAUAUAUGGGCUUCCUCAGGGACAGUUUUUAUCAAUUAUUUUUUUCCCACUGUGUAUGUGCCUUACUUUCUUGUUUCUUUGUGUGCCUCAUAAUUUCUUACUGAAAACUGCAUUUUAAAUAACAUAAUACAGCAACUUUGGAAAUAAGAUUCUCGCCCUUCCUCGGGGUUUGUUGUUGUUGAUGUUGCUUCUUUGUGUGUUUAGCGACUUUUCUGAGCUAAUCCUGCAAAGUCUGUAUUUUUUGUCAUGUGUGGCCACUGAAAUUUCUGCUUAGUGUUCAGCUAAUAAUUAGACAGAGGGUGCCUUGAUGCUUGGAACCAAUAAGUCACCUUGUUUUUGCAGAGUGGCUCUGUGUGUAUGUUGGGACAUGCCUUCAACACUCAGACAGGACAUUUGACAACUCCACCUUAGCCUUCCUGCUUGGGCAGAGCCUUAAGCUUAGCCCAGGUUGAGAGCUCAGGACCUUCCUUAGUUUUUUCCUGCAAAUGUGCACAGCCCUAGGCAUGUGUACCCUCCUGUGCAUACAUAUGGCUUUCUAUAUUCCUAGGAAUAUUUCAGAGCCUUUCAAGGCCCUUUAUAGAUAUUUUAUUCCCCCAGAUUUUCUUUUUAAGGUUUUUGGUUAGCCUGUUUUUUUUUUUUUUUUUUGCCUCAACUGUUAUCCAUUGUUUUAGGCAGCCACAAAGUCCAACAAUUGUCUCCAGUUGUUUUCAACAAAUACCCUUGAAGAAAAAGCUGUUCACUCCAGGCAAGUUUUGAGACAGGUGAAAUAAAGACAGUCUUGCAAAUAGUAUCUUCCAGGAAACCACUAGACAGGUCAAAUAAUUACAACUCUCUGGGAAUGAGGAUUUGAAGGAACUCCAAGGCUGUUCUACCCCUUCUUGUAGCUGCCAGGCUGCUGGUUUCCAUGGUGAUUGUCGUUUGUUGGUUUUCAAGGCUACUGCAGAGUUGGGGUGAGGGGGCUGGAAUUGUAGCAAGUUAAAAUGCCACAAGGCUCUCUCUUCUUACUAAAAUUAUGUCAUUUUUUUUUUCUUGAACGAAGACUUCCCAGAUUGCUAUAAACUUUUGAUUAAUUUCCAGAGUUCUGAAAAAUUUGAUUCUCACCAUUUUUUCCAUUUUUCUCAUUGCUUUGAGGGAGGAGGGAAUUUUCAGAGGAUUUUACUCCUACCAUUUUCAUUGACAUUACCUGCAAUAUAUUUUAAAUAUCCUUCUCUGUGAUUGCUUUGUCGCUUCUCAAAACUCAGUUCAAAUGUCUCCUCCAUUGCGAAGCCCUCUUCUUUGUAUCCUCAGGGCAGCUAUUCCUCUAUUCUCUUAUACCUCUUGGUUUAUGCCUUUGUUAUUUCACUUUUCAUAAUAACAAUUAGUUAUAUCUGUUUCUAUCCCUUUUUUCAGUCUGUAAGCACCCAGUCUUUGACUUGUUCAUCCCCCAUGCCCAGGCUAGUUUCUGACACACACUAGAUACUCAGGUUUGUAGUCUGAAGAAUAUUGUCCUAGGAUACCUCAGAGCCUAGCCAAAGCUUCUGAGUUCCAGCCACCAUUUCUUUCCUUCUCCUUCUAUAAUUCACAGCUGACCUCUAUCUCUUCAUUGUCUUAUGUGUGCCCUGGUGUGAUGACCAUAAGUUCAGAGUUGACACAGAGUGUAUGAUAUAGUUUGGAUCUGUGUCCCAACUCAAAUCUCAUGUCAAAUUAUAAUCCUCAGUGUUAAAAGUGGCCCCUGAUGGGAGGUGAUUUGAUCAUGGGGGUGGAUCCUUCAUGAUCAAGAAACCUUCAUGAUUCAUCAUCCACUUGGUGCUAUUCUUGUGACAGAGUUCUCAUGGGAUCUGGUUGUUUAAAAGUGUGUGGCACCUCCCCCGUCUCUCUCAUGCUGUUGCUCCUGCCAUGUUAGAGGCCUUGCUCCCCCUUUGUCUUUCACCAUGAUUGGAAGCUUCCUGAGGCCUCCCCAGAAGCAGAAGUCACUGCUUCCUGUACAGCCUGUGGAACCGUAAGUCAAUUAAACUUCUUUUCCCUAGAAAUUAUCCAGUCUCAGGUAUUUAUUUACAACAGUGCAAGAAUUGACUAAUACAGUGUAUGAGGAAAAUAGGGAGCAAAAGUUAAAUCCUGUGUGGGUGAUAUUCAGCAGCAGCAACAACAACAACAACAACAAUAACAAUAGCAGCUACUGUUUGCUGAAUACAGUCUGUGCUAGACACCAGGCUAUGGGCUUUGUAGGCAAUAUCUCAAUGAAUUCUAACAUCAACCUAUGAGGUAAAUACUAUUAUCCUCAUUUUACAGGUGAGGCUGAGUAAGGGAAGUGGGAGAAUUGAGGUUGGAUGAAGGCCUAACUCUAAAGCCUAUAUUCUUAACUGUCCCAUCUGAGGGGUUUUUGAGCAGCCAGUUGGAGGAAAGGAAGCCCCACCUGUGUUUACCUUCCCUAGGACCUAUUCUGCCUCCUUGUCUAAAGAGAUGUGCCUGCUCCCAGGUGUGUUUAGCCCCGUGUGGGCUCAGCUGGGUCACCUUGUGCUUUGAAACAAGAUAGCACUGAGGGGCUCCUGCUGCAACUGGCUCCCAGGGCAGACAGGGGCAGAGGCCCCACUUCCCUGGGCAUUGGGGUGACAGAUGUGGCCCUGGGGCAAGAGGUGACAAAGAUCUUCCAUCAUCACCCCAACAAUUCCAACAUAGUGACAGCCCCAGACUGCUAGAAAAGCCAACCCACAUGGAGGCGAGAUAAAAUCCAGAGGGCUCAGAAACAUUUCAACAAAUGCUAGUAUCAGUCUCCCCAAUACAGCUCUGUCAGCAGGAAGGGAGAAUUCUGCCAGCAUGCAUGGGGCACACUUUUUGGCACAAGGGACCUUGUUGCUAAGCAACAGUAGUUGGCCUCCCCUCCUCCCCAUAACCUUUUCCUCUGUUUCUGUGUUUCCAGUUAGCAGAUGGGAGGGGCUGGGGUUGCCUAGCCCAGCCCAGCCCUUGUGCUCCUUUCCUGCAACAAGGGGCCUAUUCAUGGGUCCUGAGCAGGGUUCAUUGUCUCUGUGGCGCGUGUCUGUGUGAGUGUUGGAGUAGGGAUACAGGGAGGGGCCAUGUGUGAACCAGGGAGACCUCAUCUUCCAACCAAGCUUGCUGGGCUAGGUUUAAUCAAUGCUGGCCUGAGAACAGGAGCAGAACGCUGCCUAGUAGACCCUGAGGCUUUACAACAGUGUCACUGACCCUUAUGAGCCUGAUGCUGGAUGACCAAGCCCCUGUGGAGGCCCAGUAUGCAGAGGAGGGCCCAGGAUCUGGGAUCUUCAGAGCAGAGCCUGGAGACCAGCAGCAUCCCAUUUCUCAGGCGGUGUGCUGGCGCUCCAUGCGACGAGGCUGUGCAGUGCUGGGAGCCCUGGGGCUGCUGGCUGGUGUGGGUGUUGGCUCCUGGCUCCUAGUGCUGUACCUGUGUCCUGCGGCCUUUCAGCCCAUUUCUGGAAUCUUGCAGGAUGAGGAGAUAACUUUGAGCUGCUCCGAGGCUGGUGGUGAGGAAGCUCUGCUCCCUGCACUUCCCAAAACAGUAUCUUUCAGAAUAAACAGCGAAGACUUCUUGCUGGAAGUGCAAGUGAGGGAUCGGCCACGCUGGCUCCUGGUCUGCCAUGAGGGCUGGAGCCCCGCCCUGGGGCUACAGGUCUGCUGGAGCCUUGGGCAUCUCAGACUCACUCACCACAAGGGAGUAAACCUCACCGACAUCAAACUCAACAGCUCCCAGGAGUUUGCUCAGCUCUCUCCUAGACUGGAAGGCUUCCUGGAGGAGGUGUGGCAGCCCAGGAACAACUGCACUUCUGGUCGAGUUGUUUCCCUCAGAUGCUCUGAGUGUGGAGCGAGGCCCCUGGCUUCCCGGAUAGUCGGCGGGCAGGCUGUGGCUCCUGGGCGGUGGCCGUGGCAGGCCAGUGUGGCCCUGGGCUUCCGGCACACGUGUGGGGGCUCUGUGCUGGCGCCACACUGGGUGGUGACUGCUGCACACUGUAUGCACAGUUUCAGGCUGUCCCGCCUGUCCAGCUGGCGGGUGCAUGCGGGGCUGGUCAGCCACAGUGCCGUCAGGCCCCACCAGGGGGCUGUGGUGGAGAGGAUUAUCCCACACCCCCUCUACAGCGCCCAGAAUCAUGACUACGACGUCGCCCUCCUGCGGCUCCGGACCCCUCUCAACUUCUCAGACACCGUGGGUGCUGUGUGCCUGCCAGCCAAGGAGCAGCAUUUUCCAAAGGGCUCGCAGUGCUGGGUGUCUGGCUGGGGCCACACCGACUCCAGCCAUACUUACAGCUCGGACAUGCUCCAGGACACGGUGGUGCCCCUGCUCAGCACUCAGCUCUGCAACAGCUCCUGCGUGUACAGUGGAGCCCUCACCCCCCGCAUGCUUUGUGCUGGCUACCUGGACGGAAGAGCUGAUGCGUGCCAGGGAGAUAGCGGGGGCCCCCUGGUGUGCCCAGAUGGGGACACUUGGCGCCUGGUGGGGGUGGUCAGCUGGGGGCUUGGCUGCGCAGAGCCCAGUCACCCAGGUGUCUACGCCAAGGUAGCUGAGUUUCUGGACUGGAUCCAUGACACUGUUCAGGACUCCCUCCUCUGAGUCCGGCUGUUUCCUCCAGUCUCACUGCGCACGGCCACCUCAUGCUUCCUGGGGCCUCUAGCAGCUCCACUAACAGAGGAGGGGCAGCAGCCUCCGAUGCCGAACGCAUGGACCUCCUACUACUGUGCGUGAGGAACAGUCACCACCCUCUGGCCAGCCACCCAGCCACCAGGUCUCUCCUCUUGGGCCCUGAUCUCAGAGUCCUCUUUCUCACUAGAGACUCAAUGACAGAAGAGAGGCUGGGGCUGGGUUGGGAGUACUGUGGUUGCUGAGGGAUGAGGGGAAAGAGGAGAGAGGUAGGAGCUGGAGAUGAAGAGGCUGCUGGAAGCAGCAGGAAGCCUACCCUUUUUCUGCCCUCUCCCCUCCCUGCCCUUGUGUGAGUCUUCUGGGAGGGUGCUGGGAGGUGCCCCCAGUCCUGCCUUUUCCCUGUGCUCUCAGGUGGGCUAAGUGCCUCCCUAGAGGACUCCAUGGCUGAGAGGCUCCUGGGCAGAUGGGGUCAAGGCUGGGCCAGCCCAGAUGAAGCCUACAGGAGUCAGGACCCUCUCCACUCCCCUUCCUGUUCUCACCUGGCUCUGGCUGGCCCUGUAUGGGGUGGGUGCACUGGAAAACAAGAAGGUUGGAGUUGGUCUAGGACAUUGAUUUUAAAUGACAGUUCUGUGAACUGGUCCAAGGAGUUCUGUUAUUAAAGUGAUAUAUGGUCUUGGUCCA